GACGUGUGUGUGCUCAGUAAAGCGUCCCGCUUUCACCUUCACAACUCUCGUCUCGCCCUCCUUUUACUCUCCUUGAAUUGUCUGUGCUGAUGUGACCAAGUCUGAAGGUAACUGUAUACACACAGUGGAACCUCCAAAGUCGAGUGUCCCGAAGGGGAGAGUUCUGGCCAAAUAAAACUUGGGAGUUAAAACUACAGGUAUCACGAUUAAUUGAUUUAUCGACAAGUAAUCAAUAAAAAAUUAAUCAACGAUCAAAACGAGUUGUUUAAUCGUAUAGCGCCAUUGUUGAACUUAACAUUUUCCAAAUCGUCUGAUUUCAGCCUCUCACUAGUAAAUAUUCUCUGAUUUCCGUAGUCCUUCAUAGAAGCAGACCAAUUAUCUUUUGUGACAUUUGCAAAUAUCUCCUUUUAAUUUGGAAAACAAUGUAUGUUUCCCUAUUUUCUGACAUGUUACAUACCAAAUCAGUAACUGAAAUUAUCAAUGUAUGGAAAAAAUUAUAGUCAAUAAAAUGUAUUGUGAAAAUAGUUAUUUGCAGCUGUAGUACGAACAGUCUGUAAUUGACAUGUAAUUGAACCUGAAGCACCCACAUACAUAUACAUAUACAUACUGUAUACAAAACUAGUAGCAGUAUCUCUCCGUUUCAAAAAGCUUGUUGAGUACAUCAUUCCCUCUUGGGAUAUUUGUUAAAAAAAAUCAUUUUGCAAUAAACUUUAAAGCAACAUUAAUUUUACACGAAUAUCCUGAUUAAUUGAUGGAAUAAUCGGUAGAAUAAUCGAUUAUAAAAAUAUUCGAUAUGGAAUAUUUUUAGAAUUUUUUUUUCCCGAAUGGAACUUGAGUGCGACAGCAGAGGGUCUGACUUCUCAGUACAGUAUGAGCAAUAAAUUGAUAAAAUAAAUACAUUUUAACAACCAUCUGCUACUGUAAAUACCACGUAGCUGAAAGCAUAAUGGCUAAUUACAGUGGAUAUAGAAAACUUUACACACAUCUGUUCAAAUGCCAGGUUUUGUGAUAUAAAAAAUGAGACAAAGAAAAAACAUUUCAAAGUUUUUUCUGCCAUGAAUGUGACUUGUCAGUACAACUGAAUUGAUUCUUUAAGAAAAAAACAAAAAAAGCCAUUAGAGUGGGCAAGUAAAAAUAAACAACUGAAAUAAUGUAGUUGUACAAGUGUGCACACCCGCUUAUAAAGAGGCUUUGUUCAGAAUUAACCAGUUGUAUUCAAACUCAUGUUAAAUUGCAUUUAAGGUGCCUCUGAUUAACACCAAAUCAAGUUCAGAAGUUCUAGUACUUUCACCGACAUUUUUGUAGUCACAUCUUAUAGUACAUUCUUCGCAGACCGCUUUCACAGCACAGAGGGAUCUCAUUAUUCGAAGGUAUUAGUCAGAGGGCUCUCAUUGUUCAAAGGUAUUAGUCAGAGGAAGAUAAUAAAUAAAUAAUAAUAAUAAAUAAUUUCCAAGGCAUUGAAUAUACCAAUGGAACACAAUGAUGACUUUCAUAAUCAAGUGUAGAAACUAUGGCACAACAAAUAAUAUUCCCAAGAACUGGACAUCCAUCCAAAAUUGAGGAAAAGACAAGAAGAACACUUCAGGAAUGCUGCCAAAGGCCAACAGUAACAUUAAAGGAGCUGCAGGAAUUACUGGCAAGUACUGGUUGUUUUGUAAAUGUGACAACAAUUUACUGUCUUCAUAUUUCUGGGCAAUGGGUUAGAGUGGUAGGUUAAUUGCAAACUCUAAAUUGCCCUUCGGUGUGAAUGUGUGCGCGAAUGGUUGUUUGUUUAUAUGUGCCCUGCAAUUGGCUGGCGACCAGUUCAGGGUGUAUCCCGCCUUUCGCCCAAAGACAGCUGGGAUAGGCUCCAGCAUGCCAGCGAACCUUGUGAGAAUAAAGCGGUACAGAAAAUGGAUGGAUGGGUUAGAGUUGCAAGACGGAAGCCUUAUCUUACAAAGAAAAACAUCCAAGCAAAAACACACUUGAAAUCUCCCAAACGCAUGUGGGAAAAUGUGUUAUGGUCUGAUGAAACCAAACUUUGAACGUUUUGCCAUAAUCUCAAAAGGUACUUUGUUAGGCUCAAACACAACAUUGCUCAUCAUCAAAAGAAUAUCAUACCAAAAGUGAAGCAUGGUGGUGGCAGCAGCAUGCUUGGGGGCUACCUUCUGCUCUAAGUGCUAGGGAAGCGCUGCAGCUUUUUGCACAAUUGUAAAAAAAAAAAAAAAAAAAAAAAACUUGUACCGGCAUUACCAGAUAACUCUCAACCCUUUAUUGCCCAGUGGCUGUUUUUCUCAAUGUCUUUAUGUCUCAAAAGUGUUCUCUGUCAAUUGACUGACUGUUGUCCUUCUAGAGCGGCUCCAACUACCGGAGACAAAUUCCUUGUGUGUUUUUUGGACAUACUUGGCAAAAUAAAGAUGAUUCUGAUUCAAGACGGAAGGGAUUAUAAACGGUUUCAAAUACCAGUCAGUGUUAGCAUAAAACCUGCAGGCUUCUGCUAGAAAAUAUGAAGAGGACUCAUCUUUAAGCGUUACAAUGUAUGAGCCGAAGCAUACAUCUAAUCAGCAAAAGAAUGGCUUCUCCAGAAGAAGAUUGUUUUGGAAUGGCCUUGUAAGAGUCUAGACCUGAAUUCGAUGGCGCAUCUGUGAGGUGAUAUGAAGAAUGUGCAGGAGAUGCCCUCACAAUCUGACAGAUUUGGAGCCUUUUUGCAAGGAAGAGUACCGGUAGGCAAAAUUUUCAAAAUCAGUGCUGUAAUUAAGGAAAGUAUUAGUUUGAUCUGUUUUCCAGUCUCUGCAGCAAGAUGUCCAGAUUCAGGGACAGUUUCUUCCCCAUGGCCAUAAAACUGUUGAACACCCAUAUAUAACAAUAAUCCCUCAUCUGUGCAAUGUAACAGAAAUUUGAUACAAUAUUUACACUGACCGUGUGUUUGUUGAAUGACAAUAAAGCAAAUCUAGUUUAAUUAGUUGGCAGGUGUGCGUAUAUAUAUGUUACCAGGUCAUUGUAUGUUUUUUAUUUUUCCCCUUGAAAGAUGUAUGUUUCCAUUGAGUUGCACUCGUUGUAGGUCUCAUUAAUAGUGGAGAAAAUUUACAAAUAUUUCAUCUUGGUGAAAUUUAUUAUUAUUAUUAUUUUUUUUUUACAUCACAAAAACCUGGCAUGUGAACAGGAGUGUGUAGGCCUUUAUAUCCACUGUACUUGUGUGAAAAUUACCAGAGAAACAUUGAAUCUUUCUGUAAAACACUCUUCUUUAUAUGACUAUCAAAAAAUAGGGCAAUUUAUGUAUGUGUAUAUACAUGACUUGACUUAACAUGUUUUUCUAUGGAAAUGUAUUGAAAUUAGCACAACCUGGUCAAGUCCUCUGGUGUAACAAAACUGAUUUUGUUCUUUGGAGGUUCCAUUUUAAACCCCUACAUGUUUUUCUUUUAAUACAUUACAUGCUGUGAUAUGCCAACUCCACCUCAAUCCCCCCUUGACGUUGUUAAGCCCUCUCUUCCCCUCCACUUGAUUUUGAAUUGGACUGUACACGACACGCCCUUUGUGAGUUUGAACAUUGCACCACAGCCUUCUCACUAACACGCCUCCCGUCUAUAUUUGAAUGCUGUCUCUAGGUAUAAGCCGAGGUUUCGCCUUCGUGGACUUUUAUCACUUGCAAGAUUCUACCCAGUGGAUGGAGACCAAUCAGAAUAAGCUGGUUAUCCAGGGGAGAAACAUCGCAGUCCACUACAGCAACAGGAAGCAGAGGUUUGACAACUGGCUUUGCAGCACUUGCGGUCUGUACAAUUUUCGGAAGAGGCUGAAGUGUUUCAGGUGUAGUGCAACUAAAACUGAUGGAGAUGCAGCAGCUGGUUUAAACGCAGAGUCUCAGCAGUCUUGGGAGUACUGUGGGGACACAAUAAUUCUGAGGAACCUUCCCCCUGUGUGCACUAUUGAUGAGAUUUUGAAGGUUUUGGCUCCCUUCGCCAACUUGUCUCCUUGCAACAUCCGCUUAAUCAAAGACAAGCAGACGGGACACAAUCGAGGCUUUAGCUUUGUUCAGCUCUCAUCUCCCUUGGAAGCUUCACAGCUGCUUACCAUUCUCCAGAGCCUCCAGCCACCUCUGAAGAUGGAUGGGAAAACCAUUGCCGUGGAUUAUGCCAAGAGUGCGAGGAAAGAGUCAUCGCAGGCAGAUGCGAUCAGAACCAGUGCACUCUCAGUUGCCAGCACAGCCAUAGCUGCAGCCCAGUGGUCAUCCAGCCAGUUAAAGCAAGGUUCAGGAGCUGCCACUGACGUUAACCUUCCAGAGAGCUAUGAACAUCACACACAGGGACAGAAUUUUCAAGUGUGGCAACAGCCACAACCUGAAGGAUUGCCUCCUGUCAUUGGUGAUGGUUUACUGGGAGCUGCUCCAGGGAUGAAGAAUAUGCUCCCUGCAGGUGUAGUCUUGCCUCAAGUUUUCCAGCCCGUCAUUGUCAACCAGGCUGCCACGCAUUUAGCAGGGCCACUCAAUGCAAUCCAACUGGCUUCUAAUUUUGGUACGGCAUUAUUGGUCCCAGCAGCAGCCAACAGUGCCAUCCGCAACACUGGAACUGCUGCAGCUGUCCCGGACACGUCGCUCUAUCAGUAUGAUGAGUCUUCUGGUUACUAUUACGAUCCACAGACUGGCCUGUACUAUGAUCCUAACAGUCAGUUCUACUACAACGCUGAGACGCAGCAGUAUGUCUACUGGGACAGUGAGAAACAGGCCUAUGUUCCUGCGGCGCCUACAUCAGACAAAAUUAGCUCCACUACUUCCUCCUCAACCAGAAGCACCAGCAGCAAGGAGCCUAAAGAGAAGAAAGAGAAGACCGAAAAGCCCAAAAGCAAGUCGGCACAGCAGAUUGCAAAGGACAUGGAACGUUGGGCAAAGACUUUAAACAAGCAAAAGGAAAGUUUCAAAACAAAUGUCCAAGCAGCAGGUGCGUCCAGGGAUGAGGAGAAAAAAGAGGCUGCAGAUGCAUGCUUCUCCAUUUUUGAGAAGAAGCAGACAGGGGCCUUUGAGAUGCCAAACCUCUUGACUGAGCAGUUCCACCUGACAGAGCAGGAGACUCCAGCUAAGAGUACUCCAGUCGUCGCUUACGACAGGGACAGCGACGCUGAGGGCGGAUCAGAACACAAAGCAGAAGACAGCGGCAAAAUAACCGACUGGGUCAAGAUGGUGUGCCUCCUGUGUCGCCGGCAGUUCCCCAAUAAAGAAACUCUGCUGCGUCACCAGCAACUCUCUGACCUUCACAAGCAAAACUUGGAAAUCCACAGAAGGUCCCAGCUCUCUGAAGCAGAGCUGGAGGACCUGGAGAGGAAAGAGACUGAGUUGAAAUACAGAGACCGGGCUGCUGAGAGGAGGGAGAAGUACGGCGUUCCGGAACCUCCUAAGAAAGUCUUUAAGCGGACCGCACCAACAAUACACUAUGAGCAGCCCACCAACAACGGCCUGACGAGUGAUAACAUCGGGAACAAGAUGCUACAAGCCAUGGGCUGGCAAGAAGGCAAAGGCUUGGGGCGCCACCAGCAGGGCAUCACUGUUCCCAUCUCGGCUUCCUUAAGGACCAAGGGCACCGGUUUAGGCAUUAAAGGAAGCACUUUGGAAAUGUCGGCAUCAGGCAACUACAAGGAUGCCGUCCGUAAAGCCAUGUUUGCUCGCUUCAGUGACAUGGAGUGAAAAAAACAACCUCAACAGGAAUUUUUUUUAAUGAGAAAAAAUUCCCACCCACUUAUGUUCAGGGUUGUGCCUAUCCCAUCUCUGGGGGAAAAAGCGGCUUAUGCCCUGGAUUGGUCGCCAGUCAACCAUACAAGUAUAGACAACCAUUCACAUUGACAUGCACAUCCGUAGUCACAAUCCUACGUGACAAUGUACAGCUGAAUUCACACUCUAUAUUUUUAACGUCAUUUUCUACAGCUGGAUUUUGUCUUUCCAAACGGCCACUCCAGUAACACAAACAUGUACAUGGGUUUGUAUAGAGAAUUGUAAGAUUCCUUAGCAAUAUGAUAAUUAAAAACUGAUCUUUUGUCACUAUUACAUUUUGUUUCCCAUGUCAUCCUGUAGUCAUACAAAGUACACUGACCAAACCAUUAAAAUCCAAUAAAAAAAAACUGUAUUAAUAAAUUCAUACUGUAUAUGAGGGGGAAAAA